AUGAGCGACACCGCCAUGAGCGACGCAGACUCCGGAAGCGACACCGCCAUAAACGACGCCGCCAUGAGUGACGCGAACUCGGAGAGCUUAACGGCAAAUAACCCAACGGCCACGAGCGAUGCAGACUCGAUGAGGGGAUCGCCUUUCCAGCCCACGGUGCCAGGAUUCAAGGACGGCUUCGACUGGGAGGACUUGAUGCAUUACCAACGCGAAUACAUACGCGGCGAGCUUGCAGAGGCUCCUUACUGUGACAAGCCAUUCAGUGCUGAGAUGUCUGAGUGGGCUGCCGAUCUAGAGGAAUUGGCCGACUGCGGAAUACUCGCUGUCCAGUUCCAGCUUGCUUCCAAUGAGCCUCCUGGCCCAAAUGCAAAAGCGGACUGCACAGAAAGGGGUUUUGUUCAUUCGAAGCGCAGGGCAUGCCUGAAGUUCUUCAUGCCCACCUCAGGCGAUGAUUACGAACUUGAGUCCGUUAACUCAUCCCUGAUGUAUCUCCAGCGUGACGACUAUUGUUAUCAUACGGCGAUCCGGCUGGACUAUUCAAGUUCGACUUGCGGCAGCGGUGAUGGAUGUUGCUACUUAACACCCUGGAUCUGGUCCAACUUCCCUGCGGAAUGGGAGACACGCACGCGCGCCUGCGCCGAGACUCUCGAAGACUUAAGGGAGAAGACUGCAGCAACGUCCAAACAAGUUCAUCCUUACUGUCGAGCGAAGCUCAACAUCUUGCAAGAACACUGUAUUCUUGGAGAAUAUGAGCCUGUCAUUGUCACUCUUCUGGCAAAGGACUAUGAGAGCAUCGGCUUUUUCAAAACUCCUUCUUUACAUCGUGAGGACAACGAUUUUCUGGGGUCCUCCGUAUACGGAGUGGCUGUAUUCGCUUCCACUACCACCUGGGCACGACCGUCACCCGAUCCGGGAGUACCUGAUUGA